AAAUACAAAUAAUUAACAUUAUCCUCUCCAAGCCCCGGGGCAACCGAGGAGCAACACCACAGCUCAUUCUCACCCCUUAGAUCACACCUAAUACAGGACAAGUAAAAUGAAUCAGCUGGGUAUAUAAAGUGCUGGAGUGGAGCAUUACAGAUUCAAAAGAAGCCUCAUCUGUCCUUCGGCUCACUUUCUGUUUCUGCCUUUUGUUUUGUGUCCAGGUCAUAAAUUCAGCCUUAUUUGUGCGGGUGGAGCUUCAGGCUAACAAUUUCAGCAUCCUUCGCCCUCAUUUUGAACGUUUUUUUUUGGAUAUGGGCGACCAAAAUAAAAUAUUAUCCCGUCCUAUUUUCCGCCGGGAUGUAAGAUGGGACCCUUUCCCAAACUGGACUCAACCAACCAGCCGCAUCUUCGCACAGGAUUUUGGCCUGCCUCCCUUCCUGGACUCCUCUGAUCUGGACUGGUUAGACUUCGCGAAGAGGAGGCUGGCGGCUUUCUCCUGGCCUGGGUACGCACAGACUCCUCUUCUGCCUCCGUUAAGCAGUCAGAACCCUGCAGCAGUGAAUCCAAAGGGUGUGAGACAGCUGACAGGUGGAGUGUCAGAGAUCCGAACAGGGCAAGACAGCUGGAGGAUUAACCUGGAUGUUAAUCACUUCUCACCAGAGGAAAUUACUAUCACAACCAAGGAUGGUUAUCUGCAAAUAUCAGGGAACCAUGAGGAAAGGCAGGAUGAGCAUGGAUCAGUUGCAAGGUGCUUCACUCGGAAAUACAAGCUGCCACAAGGAGUCGACCUGCAGCACAUCAGUUCUUCUCUAUCCAGUGAAGGAGUUCUGUCCGUAGAGGCCCCCACCCCUGGAACAUCCGUCAGCGACACAACCAAUGAGCUUGUCAUACCAGUUCAGACCAGACAGACGCAGGAGGGUGAAAAGUGACACCAGCAGGCUGGAUUCGAAUCUACGAUCCCAUGUAAACAACAUUGCGUGAAGCUCAUUGGUUUGUAAGCUUUGGUUUAAAGGUAAUCAUUUGUUGUAGUACAGUGAAGGAGAUUUAUUGCAAGAACCACAUUGUAUAAAAAGAUGGAUGAAAUGACAGCUCCCUAAAAGUGAUACCAAAACAUUUGGAGCUCCUCCAGCUGACUGGCUGCAGCAGAGUCUGCUUCCUUUAUGCUAACAGAGAGGACACAGGUCUAACUAUAACAUCUAAACACACUUAAAGUAAAGUUUUAUCAUGUAUGGUUCUGUCGUUAUAGCUAGUUCUUAUCACGCUGACUUACGUCCAAGUGUAAUUUCUUUUUAAGUGGGGUGUUUUUAAAUUAUUGGUAGAUGGUAAAAAAUGGGGUUUAAUCUCAUGAUUGACAGCUCUGUUGACAAAUGCAGCUCCUGGCACUGGGUGGGAACCAGAGAAGAGAAAAAUGAAACAUGAUUAAAGCUACCACACGAGUCAUUGUUCUUUCCAUAACUAUGAGUGUGUAUUUCACCCUGACAUAAGAAUCUCCUCAGCUGUGGACUGAACUCAUCUGAGGGAUCUUGUUGUUUCAAAUGUCAGUUAAAUGUGUGUUUUGGUUAGCGCAAGGGGCGGUGUCAAAACCUUAGUUCCACUAGCCAAUACUCCUGCCCCCACUCUGGCUUUAAAUGAUCACUAGUAGUCGCCUGUCAUUGGGAUUAUUUUGACUUCACUUUUGUGCAACAGGAUGAGGGGGAAUGCGUUGUCCGUCUUUAUAUACAGUCAAUCGUAAGAACAAGCAAGAUUUCAUGCCAAGAGGUACCGUCUAAUGCUGACAAAAUACUGAUCGAUAUAACACACUUUAUAACUGAGUGUCAUUUUACCAUACCAUCACUGAUCGAUUGAUUGGCAUGACUUUCUUUUUCUAACAAUAUAUCACACAUUUUUUCCCAUGUACUGUUAAUGUCUGAAAAAAUCAACAACAACAAAAGCAGAUUAAGUGUGACCUUGCAUGAACUAGUGGACUGUAACAGUUAACAAUACUGGCCAUGAGUGGACAUUGAAUAGCACUACAGUUUUAAAUGUUCUAGAUAAUAAUCAGAGUAUUUAUAUCUUAACAUAUUCUUACCUGGAGUAAAAAAAGUAAUGUGUAUUAAGAAUAAUAUUGUUUGUGUGUAACAUAGCAAUGUGGUAGAAAAUGAAUUACUAUGAUUGAGUUUUUUGUGUAUCUAAAAAUCAUAAAUUUUUGUUUGUUUGAACUGAAGGUUGCACACUGCUGCAUUAAAUAAAAAGUCUAAUGAAGUUGUUCAUCUUCAAAGAGUGUUUUCAACAGCUUCUGACUUAUAAAUAAAGAUUAAUUUUUCAUUACUGCGUUUCACAACUUAACAAAAUACUGAUGUCUUGCAGAUAUGAAGAGGAACCAGAUUAUUCAGCAUUAGUCGUUAAAACAUUGCUCUUUUUUAAAUCCAAAACGUUGGUCAUAUGAUCCACUAGAGAGCACUGCAGUCCUGUUUGGUUUCAUAUUUUGAGGCUGCUUUGUUUCUUAUUUUAGUGACAUCUUUGUUUGAGUUAAUUGUAUCCUUUUCAAAUCUUACAAGUAAGCUUGUAUUUUAGUUACAAUAAUAAAAUCAACAAGCUUCUUAAAAGAUUUCCCACAAGUGCAUUUUUAGAAACCUGUAAACAUAAUGCACCAAAACAAUCUGUUUUAAAACUCACUGUGCUGAAUAAAGUUUUCUUUCGGGC